AUGUCUUUGUCGCCAUCUAGUAUCCGCACGGUGCCCAGCCUAUUCCGCACCGUAAUAAAGCUCCAUGCCCAGGUAGUGACUCCAGAGCUGAGAGAGAUUGUACUUUUCCGCAACCGCCACUACCUUAGUGGCGGUUUUCAAAGCCAGCCGACUACGGCGACUCGGCGAGUACUCUCCGGCAAGGGUGGCGUGGGAAAGUCGUCGGUUACGACGCAACUCGCCUUAUCCCUUUCACUCGCCGGCUAUUCCGUCGGCGUCCUUGAUGUCGACCUCACCGGCCCCUCCAUCCCUCGGAUGCUCUCCAUCGAGGCGUCCAAGGUCACCCAGGCGCCGGGCGGCUGGCUUCCGGUGCCGGUGCACGAGGCGAACGAGGCCAAGGGCAUCGGUUCCUUCCGCGCCAUGAGCCUGGGGUUCCUGUUGCCCCGGCGCGGUGACGCCGUGGUAUGGCGAGGGCCGAAGAAGACGGCCAUGGUGCGCCAGUUCCUCUCCGACGUGCUGUGGGACGAGACGGACUACCUCCUGAUCGACACGCCGCCGGGAACGAGCGACGAGCACAUCUCGCUGGCGGAGACGCUCCUGCGGGACGCGCGCCCGGGCCAGGUCGCCGGGGCGGUGGUCGUGACGACGCCGCAGGCCGUGGCGACGGCGGACGUGCGCAAGGAGCUCAACUUUUGCAAGAAGACGGGGAUCCGGGUGCUCGGUGUGGUGGAGAACAUGAGCGGGUUCGUGUGCCCUCAUUGCGCCGAAUGUACCGACAUUUUCAGUUCCGGCGGGGGCGUGGUCAUGGCCGAGGAGUUUUCCGUCCCGUUUCUUGGUGCCGUGCCCAUCGAUCCGCAGUUUGGAGAACUCGUGGAGUCGGGCAAGCGGCCACACUAUCCUCGGGGCACCAAUAUUGACGGGGUGGAUAUUGGGGGGGAGGCUGAGGUGGAUGAGACAACGGCGUCCGAGGGGACUCUGGUGGAGAAGUACCAGUCGUGCUCGCUGGCCCGCAUCUUUGCCGGCAUUACUCGGAAGCUCACAGAAAACAUUGAGGCAUAA